CAUACACACACCACAGGAGCUGCACAGACAACCAGGAUGACCCUGAAACCUCCUUCGGAGCGGAGCGUUGCUACUGCUCGUCUCCAAUAGAAGGCUGCUGCUGCCUCUCGCCAUGUCUUCCAACGCUGAAUUUCACCAAAAGCUUUGGACUGUCAUCUUCCUCCGUUGAUCCUGUGGAGAGCUGAGACAGACAGAGUUGAGAAAGAAAGAAAGAAAGAAAGAGGAUGAUGGGGAAGUUAUGGAACAUGGAGGAAGGGGGGAUAGUGGAGGGCUUCAGCACGGAGGAGCUGGAGUGCAUGAUCUGCUACUGCCCGUAUAGCCUGGGCAGCCGGCGCCCUAAGGUCCUCGAGUGCUGUCACCGCCUGUGUGCCAAGUGCCUGGCCAAGAUCUUAGACCUAGGCGAGUCGCCACCCAAUGCUGUGGUGUGCCCGUUUUGCCGGUUCGUCACUAGUUUCCCGGGCGAGGCGGUGGGCAACCUGCCAGAUGACUGCAACUUGGUGGCAGCGCUGGCCCUCCAGACCCGGAACCAGAGGAACUUGCACUACCACAAUGAGGGCCCCACCGAGCUACUGCUCAGCCCCAGGCACCUAAGCUCGCUCAUGGGCAACCCUCCCAGCGGCUCCCCAUCCUCCUCCACUACCACUACCACCACCACCACCACCCACACCUACUCCUCCAUCCGCGGUUCACCCAACUACAUGGUCAUCACCAUCAUGGAACCGCCUCCAUCCCCUCAGGACCACCACCCCUACCAACUUCACUCCCACCCCCCUGGAGUGGCCACCAUCCAGGGUAGGGAUUACCACUCCUCCAGUCUGGACUCCAUGGCCUCAAUCAACCAGGGGUGGGCGGUGUGGAACUGCGCUGCCCGGGCGCUGGUGUGGGUGUUGGGGCUCCUCUACUUCAGCUCCUUGCCCAUGGGGGUCUACCUGCUCAUCAUGCAGAAGACCACCCUGGGGGUCCUUCUGGUAAGCCUGGUCCCGGCAAGCCUCGUCAUGAUCAUGGUCUACGGCUUCUGCCAGUGCCUCUGUCACGAGUUCUGGGACCUUAUGCCCCAUAGCAGCCAAAGAACGAUCAUCCGAGGAGGUUAAGAACGGGUUGCAGAAAUGUAACAUUUUUCCGAAUGAGAUCGUUACUACUGACAAUGGAAAUUGGCAUCCUGGAUACCAUAGAAUAUUUCAUUUUUUAUUUUAUUUUAUUUUUUACUCAGACUCAAAUGACUUGGCGGAUUGUAAAUGGGAAGAGAGCAGGUACGAGAGAUGUACAGUUUAGAUCAAUGUUAAGUUUGGGCAUUUUCAGUUCUAGUCAUUCAUUUAGAUGAUGUAAUUUGUGUACUGUGUAAACAAAACGGUCCACCAAAUAUCCAACUAUACUUAAAUAAGAAGUCGCAGUAAGUAUCGGGUAUGCUUUCGCAACCAGAAAAAGUAUGAAGCAUUCUUUUUUCAUUUUGWGGUAUUAACAAUAGAACUAUCUGGCCAUAAUUGGCACAGUAGAAAUGUAUACAUUUGUAUUGAAAGCACUUAGAGGGAGGAACAACGGUCUAAUGCUAAGCUUUGGCAAGUCAGUGUAAAUAAUCAUUUGUUAUAAAGGACGUGAAUAAUGUGGAGGACACAUGAGUUAGUACAUACAUUUAUGGUGGCGGUUAUAUUAUGACUAUCAUCAUACUAUCAUCAUCAUUCUGGUGCAUGUGACAAUAAAACAUCAUAAAAAAUGUUUUUAAUKAAAAUUGUUUCUCAAAUGUAAAGUUAAUUUGACUUAUGCAUAUCACCUUCAGAAUGUUUACGGGAUAAUCCACAAUCCAUACAGGAGAGUAAAUGGAUGCUUCUCAUUCAGAAUUGGGUACAGAAAUGCAAAUGGCAAAUUGACCAUGGCAGUCAAGGGUUGUGAUCAUUACAGCACGCAACAGAUUUUCUUUGUAAUUGAACACAACAGGUCUUAUUCAUUAGGGCACACCAGGAGCAAAAAUGUUUUGCAACGGGGACACAAAAAGAAGUGUUUCUUAUUGGACAAGUCCAGAAAGUUCCUCCUUGUUUCAGUCCAUUUUCUUUCAGUUGGSGCCUAAUGAACACAGCCCAGGUGUUAUGAAUAACCCCUUUGUUUUAAUAAUCUCAAUAUCUUAAUGAGAUGUUUGCACAUAUCGAAGGACAAGUGCAAAAUGGAGAUGUGGAUUAGCUACGUUAUUAACACAACUAGUUUCACAUAGAUGUACUUUUUGGAAUGAUUUUGUAACAGGAUAGACUAUCUAUACCCAGCAAGAGAUGUUACUGAUGUUGUUGCAUUUUCUCAAAUAGCAUAACAAAUGUAAUGCUUUAUACGCAUUACAUUGCCAGGCUUUCUUCUUUUGUAGUCCUAAUGUACAGUUGGGGGAAUUCAAAAGUUAACCUGUAGGGGAGUGGAGUAAAUUGAGACAUUACAUUCAGCAUAAUUCCGUCAAGAGAAGAAUAGUUUUCUUUCUAACAAAGAUAUCUACAUAUACUGAACAAAAAUAUG